GUUUGAUGUAGUGGAUUGUUACAGCUUACCUGGUACAGAUCCGGUAGUUUGGGUGCCAGACGAGGACAAUUCCCCAGGUAUUACAGGUAAAACUCACAAAGGGAACGUGGACCUAUGCAAGGGGCAAACAGAUCUCUGAAGAAUCGCCGCGAUCAAAGGAAGCUCUAGGAAGCCAACAAGGGAGCCAUAUACCGCUCGUCCGCCCUGAUGCACCACCCCUGAUUGUCAAUAGCCAAACACUUGCCAUCAGCCAGAGUCGUUGUUAUUCCCAUUGGUCCAGUCAUCUGCGAACUGUUCUUUUUUUUUUUUUUUGGUCUGCCGUUAUCCCUUGCCGCAACAUGUUGAUGAUGGACGCCACCCCCAGCGACUGGCUGCCGCCGGCAAGAGAUUAUUGGGAAACAAUGAUAAACAGCGAAACAAUAUCGCUCUCACAAGGAGGCGUUUUCGUAAUAUAAUAAGAGCAUGGAGGGGCGAUAAAGGUACGCUCCUCUUUUCUUACGGCAUCGUCGUCAGUCCUCUCUUCUUUCCCCAACAAGCUCAGCACCGGAAAACGAUCAAGAUGGUGAGGGCUACCAGCACUGUUGCGGGACUUGCGCUCGCUUCUAGCAGCGUUGCUCUAAGUCUCGACGUAAACGACCUGGACUCGGUUAAGGCGGCCGCAGCCGAGAUUGCGAAAGGCAUCUACAUCUAUCAUGACCCGGCUGCAACGACCGGCCACUUCCGCCAGCCGCAGCCCUGGUUUUGGUGGCUUUCCGGCUCGGGAUGGAACGGACUCAUGGACUACACGGUAUACACCGGCGACACGACGUAUCAAGGUGAUCUCCUCUCCGCUAUCGCCCAGAACGUCGGCCCCAAGUACGAUUUCUGCCCUCCUGAGCAGGCCAACUGGGAGGCAAACGACGACCAGAUGUACUGGGUGUACAACGCGCUGACCGCGCUCGAAUACGACUUCGAGCCGCUCCCGUGCGAGGGAUCCGCAGCCGGCGCUGGCGGCGACUGCGCGAGCUCGUGGCUCGCGAUCAGCACGAACGCCUUCGAGCAGUUCGCCGCGCGCUGGAACAACGACAGCGCGACCUGCGGCGGCGGGCUCAAGUGGCAGUUCAACCCGAGCGCGAAUGGGUACACGUACAAGAACUCGGUGACGAACGGCGGCUUCUUCCAGACGGCGGCGCGGCUCGCGCGGUACACGGGCAACCAGACCUUCGCCGACUGGGCGACGCGGAUCUGGGACUGGUCGACGGCCGUCGGCCUCGUCCGCGCCGACCACCGCGUGUUCGACGGCGCGGGCGACGAGGACGGCGCCAACUGCACGUCCGUCAACGACGACGAGUGGUCCUACAACGUGGCGACCUACACCCACGGGGCGGCGCACAUGUACGCCGCCACGGGUGGGGACCAGACCUGGGAGGCGCGGGUGCAGGGCCUCGUCGACGCGGCGCAGAGCCGGUUCUUCGGGCCGGCGGACAACGCGACCGGCGUCAUGUACGAGCAGCUGUGCGAGCCGUUCUCGACGUGCAACGUCGACCAGACGAGCUUCAAGGCGAGCCUGUCGCGGUGGCUCGGCAAGACGGCGGUGCUCGUGCCGAGCGUGCGCGCGCAGGUGGUCGGCCUGCUGGAGGCGACCGCGGUCGGCGCCGCGACAAGCUGCGACGGCCACGGCAACGCGACGUGCGGCAUGAAGUGGUACGUCGGCGGCUUCGACGGCAAGUCGGACUUCGGAGUCCAGCUGAGCGCUCUCGAAGCCGUCACCAGCCUCCUGGCGGCCACUGCGCCGCCGUUCGCGGUCGCGCCCAACCGGCACAAGGCCGUAGUAGGCCAUAGGUGGAGGAUACGACCUAGCUAUACUUAGACAAGGACUGCCGUCCUACUGUAAAGAUGGA